UAUCCUGGUCUGCCUUUCUUAAAACCCUACUUUUCUCCAUUAUACUGCGAAUCCUGCAUUGAUAACCGUCGUUUUCUGGUUAUCCAAGAAUGGCAGACGGAGCAAACCACAUUUUUUAGGGCGGAGGACGCCAUUGCUGGAAACUCCAAUGCUCUUCAAGCUCUCAGGGAGCUACUGGUCUACCCCAUCGUCUAUGCGAAAGAGUCUCAGAUCCUUGGCUUGAAAUGGCCAAAAGGAUUGCUUCUUCAUGGUCCUCCAGGUACAGGAAAGACGAGUUUGGUUCGCGCAAUUGUUCGAGAAUGUGACGCACAUUUGACUCUGAUUAGUUCACAUUCGGUUCAUAGAGCAUUUGCUGGAGAAAGUGAGAAGAUUUUGAGGGAGGCUUUUGCUCAAGCAGCAUCUCAUGCCUCAUCCGGAAAACCAUCCAUCAUAUUCAUUGAUGAAAUUGAUGCUUUGUGUCCUCGUCGUGACUCUAGGAAAGAGAAUGAAUCUCGCAUAGUUGCUCAGCUUCUUACCUUGAUGGAUGGAAGCAAGACGUCAUCAAAGUCUCUUCCCCGUGUUGUUGUUGUCGCAUCUACCAACAGAGUGAAUGGGAUUGAUCCAGCAUUACGAAGACCUGGACGUUUUGAUGCAGAGAUUGAAGUGACAAUACCUACUGAGUAUGAGCGUCUUCAAAUCCUUGAGCUCUACUCAAGGAAGCUCCCUUUAGAUGAGAGUGUUGAUCUUUAUGCUAUUGCUGCCUUUUGCAAUGGGUAUGUUGGUGCUGAUUUGGAAGCCUUGUGUCGUGAGGCUGCCAUGGUUGCACUACGGAGAUCCACAAAGACAGGUGAAACUGGCGCUCUACCUACAUUAAGAAAUGAAGAUUGGGAAAUUGCAAGGUCUAAGGUUGGUCCAAGCAUAACGAGAGGUCUAACUGAAGAAGUCUCCAAAGUGACCUGGGAUGAUAUCGGAGGACUUAAAGAAGUGAAGAAGAAGCUUCAACAAGCUGUUGAAUGGCCUAUUAAACAUGCCUCGGCCUUUGUGAGACUUGGUCUUACACCAAUCCGUGGAGUACUUCUGCAUGGACCUCCUGGGUGCUCAAAGACUACUCUUGUUAAAGCCACAGCUCAUGCUGCCCAAGCAUCCCUCUUUUCCCUAAGUGGUGCAGAGUUGUAUUCCAUGUAUGUUGGAGAAGGGGAGGCUUUAUUACGUAGAACAUUCCAAAAGGCUCGUCUAGCGGCACCUAGCAUUGUAUUCUUUGAUGAGGCUGAUGCUGUUGCCACAAAACGUGGUGGGGAAGAUGGACAUUCGAGCAGUAAUCCUACAGUGGGAGAGAGGCUUUUGUCUACCAUGCUGACGGAAAUGGAUGGUCUUGAGCUAGCUACUGGGGUUCUAGUUCUUGCUGCGACAAAUCGCCCUCAUGCGAUUGAUGCUGCACUUUUACGCCCAGGGCGUUUUGAUUUGGUACUUUACGUACCCCCUCCUGAUUUGGAAGCACGAAGAGAGAUACUCCAAGUACACACACGUAACAUGAAGUUAGAUCGAGACGUGGAUCUAGAACAAAUUGCCAAAGAAACUGAGCUCUUUACAGGGGCCGAGCUGGCCGGUCUUUGCAGAGAAGCUGGCAUUGUGGCUCUUAGAGAAGAUAUUUCGGCCACUGUUGUGUGUGGUCGCCAUUUUGGGGUUGCAAGCAAUUCAUUAAGGCCGUCACUGACUGAAUUACAGAUUGCCGGUUAUGCUACUUUCAUGAAAUAG